UGAUGUGUAAACGUGGUGUAACUAUAACAUAUACAAAGAAAAGGAGGAAUAAAACGCGGAAGGGAGCCGUUUCAAAGAAAAGUCCCUUCUACAACUACUACAGCUAUGGUGUAACUCUUUUACCUAUAUGCUAUGUAGUUCUGUUAUUUGGUCAUGUUGUCAGUCGCCUUUCGUUAUAUUACGCAACAAACGAAAUUCAAGGCAUUCAAUACUAUCUCAAGACAGUUCUUGCAUAUCAUGAAGUUGAGCAGUAGUCAGGUGGACUCUGUUUUGAGUCCAGGGGUGAAGCAGUUGUCCAGCCUAUUUUUGAAGCAUGGGUUUGAGAUUCGUAUUGCAGGUGGAGCUGUGCGGGAUUUGUUGAUGGGAAAGACGCCCCAUGAUCUGGACUUUGCCACAACUGCCACUCCUGAAGAAAUGAAGAAAAUGUUUGAAGAGGAAGGUGUGAGGAUGGUAAACACAGGCGGGGAAAAACAUGGAACAGUGACAGCACGUCUUGAGGAAGAAAAUUUUGAGUGCACCACAUUGAGGAUUGAUGUUGAAACAGAUGGUCGCCAUGCUGAAGUGGAAUUCACAAAGGAUUGGCAAUUAGAUGCUAAUAGGAGGGAUUUAACUAUCAAUGCCAUGUUUCUAGGUUUGGAUGGGACAGUUUAUGACUAUUUUGAGGGUAGUAAGCACUUAGAAAGAAAGAUUGUCACUUUUGUUGGUGAUGCUGACAAGCGUAUCCAGGAAGACUACUUAAGGAUAUUGCGUUACUUCAGAUUUUAUGGUCGUAUCGCAGAUAGUCCUGACAACCAUAAUGUAGAAGUUUUAGAAAGUAUUAAAAGAAACGUGGAAGGUCUCAGAAGGAUAGCAGGGGAAAGAAUUUGGGUGGAAGUGCAGAAGAUAGUAAAUGGAAGGUUUGGUGGUGAACUCUUAGUAAAAAUGGUAGAAUGUGGUGUAGGACCCUACAUUGGAUUCCCAGAAACAUUUGACUGUGAUAAUUUAAGACGAAUAUACAAAAGGUGUGAAGAAGCAAAUAUCCCUACAUCAGAUAUACAUCACAUGACUCUAUUAGCUGCUGGAUUUUCAAGUGAAGAGGAAUUUGUUACAUUUGUAGCAAGGAUAAAAUGUUCGAAGCGUGAAAGAGAAACAAUGUUAUUUAUUAUGGAACAAAGAGACAUGGCAAUGAAAGCUAACUCUUUCAAGGAGAUUCAAGAUCUUGUAGUUGAUUUGGUGAUAGGAGAAAGAAGGAACAAAGAUGUUGCUCUCUCAUUCGUGAGGGAACUUUUGAAAUAUGCAUGUAAAGUGGAUUUCCUACAUGAGUUGGAUGCCUGGGAAAUUCCUAAGUUUCCUGUGAAUGGAAAUAUGAUAUCAGAUAAAGGUGUACCAAGAAAAAAGAUCAAGAAUGCUAUGAGUGACUUGAUAUAUGAGUGGAAAAAAUCAGAUUUUACCCUGACUGCUGAUGAACUGCUGAAUCUUUUAGAUGUAUCAUGUUAUUCAAGUUAAUAGCUAAACUUCAUGUUUAACUUUAGGAAUUAUAUGCUCUUGUCAGGUAUUGAUAAAUUCUUUUAUAUGUAUAUAAAUUUCUUACACCAA